UGAGCAGAAUCACGGAUGAUAACUGUGUUUCUCUCCCUCAUUUUUUCAGGAUUCAGGAUGAACGCCUCGUCGUGGCCCAUGUUUCUCCUGAGGACCCUUAAUGGAGCUGAAAUAGCACCUGCCACGGCGUUUAAAAAGGAGCCGCUGCGGCCGCCUCAGAACGACUUCAAGCCCGGCCUGAAGCUGGAGGCCGUGGACAAGAAGAACCCGUACCUGAUCUGUCCGGCCACCAUCGGCGAGGUGAAGGGGGAGGAGGUGUUCGUGAUGUUUGACGGCUGGAGGGGGGCGUUCGAUUACUGGUGCCGCUAUGACUCCAGGGACAUCUUCCCCGUGGGCUGGUGCUCCGUCACCAAACACAGCCUGCAGCCGCCCGGAAACAGCAUCUCCGUUCCAAAACCGGGUUCUACACCUUCCUCCUCCUCUUCCUCUAACCCUAAACCGCCCCGGCGCUCCAUGCCGAUUCCUUACCGCCUGCCGACUCCUCUUCCUCAACUCCCCGUGCGGAAGGGCAUCAGGGGACGACGGCCAAAAAGCGAGACCAUCGCGCUGCUGAAAGCCCUGGCCGUUUCCACCACGGCCCAAGACACAGAAGAUCAAGGAGAGGCCGCACCCCAAACCACGCCCAUUUCCCAGCAUCCCCUGCGUCUGUACAAGAAGAGGGGCCCUAAACCAGGCAGCAAGAGGAAGCCCAGACUCCUCCAGAGUCCCAUGUCUAUAGCAGCCAGCUCAGACUCCAGGGUGCCCAUGACUCAGAUGCCCAGCGACGGACUCCCUCCUCUGGGAUCCCCCUCAUCUGUGGUGUCUACUGUGUGCGUAUACGUGAACAAACACGGGAACUGCGGCCCACAUCUGGACCGUAAGCAGGUUCAGAGACUGCCGGAUCACUUUGGGCCGGAGGCGGUGAAUCUGGUUCUGCAGCAGACGGUUCAGGCCUGCCUGGACUGCGCGUACCAGCCCAAAGUGCUUCUGGGAUGCCUGCAGAGCAAAGGCGGCGGAGGAGAGGUGGUCAGAGUCCGAACAGAUGGUGGGAAGCGGUUGGUGAAGCUGCCGUCAGCGUCGAGCGCCGGGUUUGUGUUGCGCUUCCUGGAGCGAGUGUGUCGACACCUGCAGUGUGAUAAUCUGUUCAGCAGUCAACCGUUCAGUCCACACAACACUUACGACCGCACUAAAUCAGUUAAAGAGGAGAUGUUGUCAGACGGUCCGUCUCUGAACAGAGGCGUGAAGCGGAUCUCCAGAGACUCUCCGCCGCCGUACUGCGCUCCUCUCUCCCCGAAGCUCCUGCACACAGACACACACCCGUCAGAAGCGGAGACUCUUCCUCCAGAGGAGAACGGAUUACUGAAAGAGCAGCGCUUCAUGGACUCCGCCUCCAAUUCCAUGACGCCCCGCCCACAGACCUUGAGAAGCACCUCAGAGUACCAAUCACCGCCCAGUAACCCGUAUUACCAUGGCAACGGGCCGCCUCUACGGCGCCGGGCCUCAAACCCCCCCACACAGACACACAGACGAGUGGAGGCCGCCAGCUCUACCACGGGCCCCGAGACGGCGACGGCGGCGGACCGCGAGCGUCCCAGAACCCCCGGCAGGAGUCCGUCUUCCUGGUCCAUAGAGGAAGUGAUGCGGUUUGUGCGGGACGCGGACCCGACAGCACUGGCUCCGCACGCAGAGCUCUUCAGAAAACACGAGAUCGACGGUAAAGCUCUGAUGUUACUGAGGAGCGACAUGGUGAUGAAGUACAUGGGGCUGAAACUCGGACCGGCGCUCAAACUCUGCCACCACAUCGAGAGACUCAAGCAGGGCAAGCAGUGAAGCACACGGAUGCACCGGACGGGACCUCACCUCCACACCGACACGCUGCUACAGAGGGGGACGGGCUCAGAACACACACACACACACACACACACACACACACACACACACACACACACACACACACACACACACACACACGCCGUCUCUCCUGGACGCUCAUCUGCAGCCAGAGCGCACUUUGAUGAACAUUAGUGCUGUCUCUGGGAACGACCGCUGAACGAGAUCGACAGGCGAACAGCAGCGUCCGGUCGGUUCUUACCUCCUGCGAUCGCUCGGCUUUACGGGACGAUUAUCUCACGCAUGGUGAUCGUUUUUGAGUCUGAGGUCGGUUAUGUAUCGCUCUACCUCCCUGUGACGUCAUACUACUCCACGGAUGUUUCUGUUCCACUGAAAAUCUGCUUUCUAGUUGCGUUUCGUUUGGCGUCAAACUAAAUACGUGCUUCACAAUCUUAAGGGAAAGGUUCGGCCAAUCAUCAUUCACAGUCCGAAGCCGUACGACUUUGUUUCUUCCGUCGAACACAAAAAGAGACGUUUUGAAGAAUGUUCAUGCUGCUCGUUUUCAUGCCAUUCUGCUGCAUUGGCGAAAUUAUUUUUGAACCCUUUAAACUGCUUGUUUUUGUAUGGUUGGAGAUUCAAUUUAAAGUCAAUCUUCAACAAACUAAACUU